UGGGCUGGAGAGCAGAGCGCGGAUGGAAGCGCUCCACACUGGACCUGAAGUUCUGAAUGAACGCGCUUCAUUUUUCCACACCAUGGGAGACGGUUUACCGUCUGUAAACUACAGCAAUGACUCUAAACGCGGCACGGUGGAUCUUAACUUAUCAGAACAGUGGCUCGUGGGCAUGGGGAUCAUCAUGGGUCUGAUAGUGUUCAUCAUUGUAGUGGGAAAUAUACUGGUUAUAGUCGCCAUAGCGCGGAAUCAGAGGCUCCAGACGCUCACCAAUGUUUUCAUCGUGUCUCUGGCGUGCGCAGACCUCAUCAUGGGGUUACUGGUAGUGCCAUUUGGUGCAGCCUUGGAGGUUAGAGGAGCCUGGAUGUAUGGAUCGUUCUUCUGUGAAUUCUGGAUAUCUGUUGAUGUACUUUGCGUCACGGCGAGCAUCGAGACCCUGUGCGUAAUUGCAAUAGACAGGUAUAUCGCCAUCAUCUCUCCGUUUCGCUAUCAAAGUCUUUUGACGAAAGCACGAGCCAAGGUCGUGGUUUGUGGAGUGUGGGCUAUAUCAGCUUUGGUGUCAUUUCCACCCAUCCUAAUGCACUGGUCCCGGGACAGAGAGGAGACAGCGUGCUAUGACAAUCCCGAGUGCUGUGACUUCAUCACCAACCGUGCAUAUGCCAUCUCCUCCUCUAUUAUAUCGUUUUACAUCCCUUUAAUAGUCAUGAUAUUCGUCUAUGCCAGAGUGUAUGGAGAAGCCAAACAACAGCUGAACAAAAUCAACAAAUGUGAGGGAAGGUUCUACAACAAUCAUGGUACCAAUUGCAAACCUAACCGAAAACGAACCACCAAGAUCCUGGCUUUAAAAGAGCAGAAGGCGCUGAAAACGUUGGGAAUAAUCAUGGGAACGUUCACUCUCUGCUGGCUGCCGUUCUUCAUCGUUAACGUGGUGCGGGUGUUUUGCGCACAAGUGGUGGACAAGGAGCUCUUCGUGUUUUUGAACUGGCUGGGGUACGUGAACUCCGCCUUCAACCCCAUCAUAUACUGUCGUAGUCCCGACUUCAGGAAAGCCUUCAAGAGGCUGUUGUGUUGUCCGAAGCAGGCGGACCGCAGGCUACACGUGAGCUCGUGCGAUCUGUCGCGCUGCACCGGGGGCUUUGGGAACUCGAUGGAGCAGAGCAUGCUCGGGACGUGGUCGGACUGUAACGGCGCGGAGAGCAGCGACUGCAGUCUGGAGAGAAACGGCAGGAUGUCCCAUUCAGAGUCUCAACUGUAAAAGUACAACCGUGACUAUUUAAUCGAUAUUACAGGAGCAGGAGAGCUGUUUGUAUUUCAUAUCAGGUAAUGACGACCUCGCUGAAAGUGUGAUAUUGCUUGUUCGAUAAACAAUUAAUGUGACGUGAACUACAUUUCUGAGAAAAAUGGCCAGUCGCACAUUUCAUCUUAGUUAGCGAAAAUAGUUCCAGAAAAAAAAACAAAAAACAAAAAAAAAACAAAGCGUUAUUUUUUGACUAUCGCCAAGCAACGCGCAAACUAAAUUGCCUAUAUGGAUGGAGCGGAGCGACAUAUAGAUUUCCCCUCCCCCACUCAACGCGUUCUGUAAUCACUUCGCUCCAGCUCCACUCCGGGUUUUACUCCCCGCUCCGAGCGAUCGUGGAUCGAAGAAAAAAAACGCGCACUUGCUCCGCUUCCACUGCAUGAACACGAAUAAGCGGAGUAAUACAAACAGUGAAAAGUCCAAGUACCAAAAUUCAGCACUUUUGAAAGGCAGCUCAGCCAAUUAAAUUCAAAAACCGUAACUAACUGUUGUAUAAAAUAGAUAAUAGGGCAACCGAAAUUUUGCAGUGUUCAAAUAACCAAAACGAACCCAUUUAAUCCCAAUUUUCCCAGCUAAAUCAGCAUAUAAAUUUGGAGAAGGCAUUGAAGCAAAUUGAAAAUUAGCAAAUUGCAAAAAGGAAAUGUUUUUUUAUCGCUGUUAGUAAAACGAAAGACGUUAUAAACAAUUAAGCACAUCAUUUUAUAUUUUUAAUACUCAGCAAUUGUGCGGAAAAGGUAUUUUAAAUAUAGGCUACAUGCAUAUAUUUCUUUGUUUCAUUAAAUGUAACAAUAUUCCAUAAAAUUUAUUGAAAUAUACAAAUUUCUCAAGUGAAUCAAUUUCUUGCUAAUCACAAACGUGUUCAUUGACAUGAAAUAAAAUGCAGUCUACAUUGUGAUGUGAUUCAUACAAGAGUAUUCUUAAAAAUACAUUAAUAAUAGAUAUACAUUAAAUUUAUCAUAUACACAGAGGAGCAAACUAGAAUUAAAAAGCUCUAAUCUGACUGUUUAAACCAGCUGUUUAAAAAUGAUCGCAUUACAUCAAGACAGUGUGCACCUUCAUAUAUUGCUGAGAGCUCGUGUAAAAUACACACAGAAAUAAAACUUUUCUAGAUCCCUCAAGCUCAAAAGCAAGUGCAGUCACAAAUGUUCGGGAUUAAAUGGGUUCAAAACAUUUUGCAAAGGUUGAAUUGUAAAAACUGAAAUCAUUUUAAAUACAAACCAUUCAGUAUUUAGCAGUAAUAAAUGGCAGUUUGGCCUGACUGAAGCAGUGGUGUGUUGAAAGAGUGUUUUUCAUUCUUCAUAGCAAUGUUUUCAGGCUUUGAGCCAUUACAUUGUUUAUUGGAAUGUUUAAUUCUCGAAUGUGUGAUAUUAAAUCUUGUUUUACCUCAUACCUGUAUAAUGUGCAAAUUGUACAAGGAGGAAGUUGUUUAUAUUAAACAAAUGUUAAAAUGUACAGUAUUUAUUUGAUGCAUUGUACAGCAUAUACAAAAAAAAGUGUGCCGAUGUGAUAAUGUUAAAUAUUACUUGUGAUUUGCACCUUAUUUGUGUCAAAUGUGAGCUGCCCAUGGGGCAAUGAGCUUCUUGCAUUUUCCAUUCAUUUUGAAUUUCUACCAGUUAUAAAUGUUAGAUUGAUUUAUCUGUAAAUGAGAUGCACAGACAUAUUUUUGGGCGGGUUUUGUUAUGAAUAUAUUAUAACUUCACAUUUUUACAGAAAUAAUUUAUGUACCAGUGCCUCAUGUAAAGUAUUGUACAAGAUUCAUCAUGUUGACGUCAAGUUGGCUAGCGUGCAAUAAAAUGUGAUAUUGUGAAAAGGCACAUUGCUUUUGUAAUCACUUUAUAAUUUGUCAUGAAGAUCAUCACCAUCUGUUGGGAUUUUGAUAUGUUGUUUGUUUGUUUUUAUGGCAAAAUAUUUCAGAAGUACUUACUGAAACGAGGGAUCAAUUUUAUGUCAACAGAUCUUUAACUAUUUUAUUUACACAGUUACGAUUUAUAUCUCAAUAUGUGAAUUGCUCUCAUCUGCAGUUGAUUGAAAGUAAAAAAAAAAAAAAGUCAUUUUCAAAAUGGCUAAUGUCUACCAAAGGCCUCCCAUUAGAGUUUGCCUUAAAUAUUUAUGUGCUGACCUCAUUUAGUUCAAUCUGAUUGCUGCACUUGCAUCACUGUUGGGUUUUCCACGAUUUCAGACCACAUUAGACUGUAAAAAUAACACGACAUGGCAUCACUUCACAUGUGCAUAUUAACAGUAUGUGUUGUUGAGGUGCAGGGUGUGUGUCCCUUGUUUAAGAUUCACAUCAAAAUGUGAACACAAAGCGUUAGGAAAUUAUCCUAAUGGUAUAAUUUUCUGCACCAUUGGAGUGUUAGCAAAGGCUUUAGGAAAAUAUGGAAAUUCAAAUUUUCUGCAGAUCAACUUGCCUUAUGCCUUCCAUGAAUCAAUCGCAUGAAAGUAAAAAAAAAAGCAAUAUUUAUUUAAAGUGAAGUCCAGCUUAAAUCAUUUUACAGCUCAGAGCAUCAAAGUUAGCACUGAUUGACAAUAUGAUGCAAUUAUGUGGUAAAUUAUUUCACUAUAGCCUGUUGGUUAGUGUGAUUUCCUGGUUUAGUUUAGAAGAUUUUUAAAAUGUUUUUGUUUUUGUUUUUGCAAAUGUAUUGUCAUUAAGUUGCAUGCAUUUAUUUGAUUAAAAAUACAGUAAAAAUGGCAACAUUGUGAAUACUAUUGCAAUUUAAAAUAUCUUUAAAAAAAUUAAUUUAUUCCUGUGAUGGCAAAGCUGUAUUUUACUGCAGUCUUAAGUGUCACAUGAUCCUUCAGAAAUCAUCCUAAAAUGCUGAUUUGAUGCUCCACAAACAUGUAUUAUCACUAGCAGUGUUGAAACUGCUUCACAUUUUUUUCUGGAAACUUACCUAUUUUAACCUAUUUUCU